AAGAGGCCUUCCAUUGUUUCUAACCAUCUCUUUUAAUGCUACUUUUCGAUGAAUUUAGGAUGUCUGAUUAUGCUAAAAUUAGCAAACCCCUUACCUUUCACAGGCAUGAUUAAGAUAUUGUGUUUGAUAAAGUUGCUGUCAACACUUUCACAAGCAUCAAACUACUGCACCUUUUUGUUCUAACACAGGGCGUGCAUUAGUGAUGGGGUUCGCACGCCUUAGCUUACGAGCCUCGUCUAUAAAUGUCUCUUUCCAUUUAGAGUAUGAGUGUAAGCACAAAGUUUCUGACAAAGAACUGCAAAAACUGUGAUUCUUGAUGUUGUGGUUGGUGAUUCUUAGCUGCUGACAGCAAUAUAACCAGCUAAAUCAAGGAGCAGCAAUGACACAAAGGAUCUUCCUCCUAGUUCUGGUUCUGGAGGUUUUUGCAGCUUCUUAUGCUGUCACGGACUCAAACACAUACGUCGUUCACAUGGACAAGUCCAAGAUGAGAGCUUUAGACGUCUCUGUUGGAACGGUGAGAAGAUGGUACGAAGAAAUCAUUCAAUCCAUCAAUGUAGACACAGAAGGAGAGGAGGAGAAGCUGGAUCAACCAACGUCGUCUCCUGAGCUCCUUUAUGUAUACGAAAAUGCCAUUUCUGGUUUCUCUGCAAGGCUUACAAAGCAGCAUCUUGAAGCUCUAGUCAAAGCUGAUGGAUUCCUCUCUGCCACCAUGGAUGAACUAUACAACCUUCACACAACUCAUUCACCUCAUUUUCUUGGCCUAGAAGAGGGCACGGGGUUGUGGGAUGCUGAGAAUCUGGCCUCUGAUGUGAUCAUUGGAGUGGUCGACACAGGAAUAUGGCCGGAGCACCCCAGCUUCCGUGGCACGGGCCUGCCACCGGUGCCCUCUCGCUGGAAAGGGAAAUGUAAGGCGGGCCCCAAAUUCGCGGCCUCAAAGUGCAACCGGAAGCUCAUAGGUGCCAAGGCCUUUUUCAAAGGGUAUGAGGUCAUUGCUGGGAGGGUGAAUGAGACGUUAGACUAUCGCUCCCCUCGCGAUUCCAAUGGCCACGGCACGCACACUGCUUCGACUGCAGGAGGCAAUCUUGUGAAAGGGGCGAGCUUUCUAGGCCUGGCCAAAGGAACAGCAGCUGGGAUGAGGUACACAGCAAGAAUUGCAGCAUACAAGGCUUGCUACCAACUGGGAUGUGCAAGCUCUGAUAUAUUAGCUGCAAUGGAUCAAGGAGUGGGUGAUGGUGUGGAUGUGCUGUCUCUGUCGCUCGGAGGUGGGUCGAAGCCGUACUACACGGACAACAUAGCUAUCGCAGCAUUCCGUGCAGUUCAAAAGGGAGUGUUUGUCUCAGCCUCAGCCGGCAACUCAGGCCCCUCGGCUUCCUCCGUUAGCAACACUGCACCGUGGAUUGCAACCGUUGCUGCAAGCUACACGGACCGUGUUUUCCCAACCAGAGUCGAGCUUGGUGAUGGCCAGAUUCUCCGUGGCGCAUCACUCUACUCGGGGAAGGCUCCUACACGGGCACUGCCUUUGGCAUAUGGUGACACUGCAGGCGGCCGUGGUGCUAAAUUCUGCACCGGCAACUCCCUCUCCCCAAAACUAGUGAAGGGAAAGAUUGUCAUCUGUGACAGAGGGAUCAACGGCAGAGUUGAGAAAGGGGAGCAAGUGAAGACGGCUGGUGGAGCCGGUAUGAUCCUUGCAAACGGCGAAAAUCAAGGCGAGGAACUGCUAGCCGACGCCCACGUCUUGCCUGCUACAUCGCUGGGAGCUGCAGCAGCCAAGGCUCUCAAAAUCUACUCAAAUUCCACCACCAAUGCAACUGCUGUGAUCACAUUUCAAGGAACAGUCUACAACAGUCCAGCUCCGGUUGUGGCCGCGUUUUCCUCGCGCGGGCCUAGCCUCUUCGGUCCAGACAUCAUCAAACCAGACAUCACUGCACCAGGAGUGAACAUUCUUGCAGCAUGGCCACCAAACGUAAGCCCCACGGAGCUCACAAGCGACAGGAGACGCGUUCGUUUCAACAUCGUCUCGGGCACUUCCAUGUCGUGCCCCCACAUCAGUGGCCUAGCUGCACUACUCAAAUCUCUGCACAGAAACUGGUCAGCUGCAGCAAUCAAAUCAGCAAUGAUGACAACUGCUUACAUUCUUGAUUCCCAAGGCUCACCAAUAGCAGACGCUGCCGCCUCAAGCUUCGCCACCCCAUUCGCGUUCGGCUCAGGCCACGUCAGCCCCCAGAAGGCGGCUGAUCCGGGGCUGAUCUACGAUGUCUCCACCAAAGACUACCUCACCUACCUGUGCAGCCUAAGCUACAACUCCACACAAAUAGGCCUCUUUUUGGGAGGGAAUGUCACCUGCCCCAAUGCCUCUGGUUUUCUAACCGGAGACCUAAACUACCCUUCUUUUGCAGCCCAAUUCAACAGCGCUGCUAAAAACACCACAGCAACAUACAAAAGAAGAGUAACCAACGUUGGCAUUCCUGUCAGCAGUUAUGCUGUCAAAGUGUCGGAACCCCAAGGGAUAUCGAUCAUCGUUCGACCUCGAGUUUUGAAUUUUAGGAAGAUUGGAGAGAAGCUAAGUUACAAAGUGACCUUCAUUGCAAAAGGGAGUGUGUCCGCUAACUUCUCAUUCGGCUCUCUUGUGUGGGUUUCGGACAAGCAUUCUGUUACAAGUCCUAUUGCAGUAACUUGGCUGUAAUCAAAUAAACACACAAAUUCUCAUUAUCAAGAAUCUAUGUUGUUUUAUCUAUAUUUCAAGAUUAUGAUAAUUUGAUAACUGUGAUU